CCACCCACGCCCAUGCCCAUGCCCACGCCCCCCUGAGAUCAACAUCAACAUCGCAUCGCGGUCCGGCGUCACUUUUCACACAUUCCGCCUCACUGCAACCUAAGAUACUUCGCGAUUGGCGACCCAUCCUUCCCACCUCCGCCCCCGAUACAGCGCCCACCGUGCAACAGGGCCCCAAUUGAUCAUACAGGGCCUCAAUUGAUUAUCGGACGACCGCGGGGGGGAAAAAAGGCACUUCACACUGCACCAUUCGACAUCACGCCCGCAUGAAACCCGACUCAUCAUGUCCUCGUCCCUAGCUCGCACCCGCUCGCUGCGGAAGCCGACGCAGGGCUCCUCGACAGACCUCCCCCCGACCUCGACCUCGACCUCGACCGUCACCACGGCACCAGCAGCAGCACCAGCACCGCCGACGACGUCAACGCAAAGACCCGCCUCGCCGAGCAGGCUCCCAGCGCCCCGCUCCCUCGCCGCCACCCGCCCAACCACUCGCAGCGUCUCCGGCGCCAGCGUCGCCAGCUCAAAGAGCGGCGCCUCCGACGCGGCGGCCGCGGCGAAGAAGAAGAGAGCGAACCCCCUAUCUACGCUCCUUGGCCGCCCCGCCUCGACCCGCCAGACCCCGGGAACGACAUCGGCAACGCGACCUAGAGAUGCCGCCGCCGCAGGAGGACCCCCCUCCGCGCCCCCCUCCAGAACGAGCGUGCUGUCCGGCCCGACGAGGCCGUCCUCCACGCGAGAUCCCGCGCCGACACGGCCAAGACACCCCCCCGCCCCAUCCUCAUCCUCAUCAUCCACCACAGCCGGCGCCGCCACCGGCACUCGAUCGACGACCGCAACCACGCGACCCACGACGUCGGGCGGCGUACCCUCCUCGAAGCUCACCAGCGCUGCGUCUUCGGCGACCUCGAGCCCUACAAAGGGCCACUCGCGCGCAAGAAGCGUCGCCACCCUCAACGGAAGCACCAUCCUCCGCCCGCCCGGCCAGCCCUCCGCGUCCGACCGCACCACGAGGUCGCGCCCGACAUCCCUCUAUGGCGCGCCCCCCACGUCGACAUCAACAGGAACAACUACAACCACGGCAGCAGCGACAAGGCCCCGCCCGCCCUCCGCCACGGACCGCCUCUCCACGAAACCCUCGCCCGUUUCCUCCCUCUCUUCGACCACCACCAGCAGCACGACAACGGCGGCAGCGGCGACGACAACGACGACAAGAACAAGACCAUCCCGAACGGCAAGCACAUCAACAGCACCCGCGAAACCACACCAGCAAGCGCGCCCCCCCUCCUCCUCCUCUCACUCGCCCACCUCUCCGCCGCGACAGCCUCCCAAACCCGCCGCCGGCGCCCUGCGCCCCUUCUUCAACACCCUCCAGCAGCACUAUUCCCCCGCCAAGUCCCUCGCCCCGAAGCCCCUGACGGCCACCUACCUCGCGCCCCCUUCCCCCUCCAAGCUCCCCUCCAACGUCGCCCUCUCCGCCGAGACCGCCCGCCUCCAGACCGAGCUCCUCCAGCUGCACCUCUUGCACCGCGACCUGCCCCAGACCACCGCCGCCUGGCACGCCAGCGCCCGCGACAAGCUCGCCGCCCGCCACGCCUCCCUAGGCAGAUCCGCCGCCGACCUCGCCCGGCAGGAGGCCGAAGCCGCCGAAUGCCUCAACAUCGCCGCCCUCCGCCGCUGGGGCAGCCACCGCCACAACCACCACCACCACUCCUCCUCCUCCUCGUCCUCUCCGGCCACCAUUGCCGCCGCGACCCUAGAGGACAAGAUCCAGCGCCUCGACGCCCUCCUCGCCUCCCUCUGGUCCCUCGACACCCCCGGCGGCAAACACCACCGCCUUGUCCGCGCCUUCGAGCGCUGGGCCUCGGUCCUCCCAGACCUCGAGGCCGCUCGCGCCCGCGCCGAGGACCAGGGCGACCCGGAGGCCCUGCUCGACGCCGACUCCCAGGUCCGCUUCGGCGGCGCCCUCGACGCCCGCUGGAAGGAAGACGCCGCCGCCCUCGUCCGCAAGCUCGAGGGCUGGCGCGCGCAGUUGCGGGAGCUGGAGUUCAACGACGAGGAAGAGAGCGGCGACGGCGGCGACGGCGGCAAGACCCGGAUGUCGUCGAGCCUGGAGCGCAUGUUGGACGGCUGCGGCAGUCUGAUCAGGGACAUGCUCGACGAGCUGGCCGUCAUGGAAGAGAUCGAGGCCGUCGCCGUCGAGAGGGAGACGGAGUGGAUCAGGAGGAUGAACCGCCAGGGAGAGGACGGCCGUGGCAAAGAUACCCCGAGAGCCGGCGCUGUUUGGAGAGUUGUCUGAGAUCUCGAGUGGCCUUGGACGCUCCGGCAAGCAUACAAAAUUUUCCUA